GAGAUCACAGUUCACCUGGUGUUGGUUUUGGCUUUUCUGUUAAUGUGUAGUAAACGGUGUGUGUGUGUGUGUGUGUGUGUGUGUGUGUGUGUGUGUGUGUGUGUGUGUGUGUGUACUGUCGUCGUGGUAACAGGUUGCUGACAGCAGAAUGAUAACACUCGGUGAACGUGGCAGAACGGAACGUGUGUGUGUGUGUGUGUUUGGUUUUUCUUACAUCUCUCAUCACGGUGAACGUGAAGCUCGGCGAACAUGACAGACGUGACUUCUCCUGGUUUAUUCUGGUAACAAACACGACUUGCCUCCGUCCGUCUCACGUUCUGUUCCAGACCCUCUUGGUUUGCAGGGUUCUAGAGGAGAAGCUCUAGAGACGAGACGUCUCGAGGACAUUUGCCUGAUCCUUGAGGAGUGAGUAGGAGUCGCCUCGGAGGUUUGAGGAAAUUAAAAAGGUUGUUGACUGCUCUUAAGAUCAGAGAUGAACACGACACCACCGAUUCAUGUAGGUCCAACAUGGUGUUGAAGAGGACCCAGAGGUUCUGAGGGAGGUUACAGACCUGGACUCAACACGAGACUAGACUGGCUUUCUCAUGUUGUAGCUGGUUACAGUGCAAUGCAAAGUACAUUAGUCCGAAUAUGUCAUGUUCACCAUGUCAAACCUGUGUUUAUCCAUCAACUGAAGAAUUGACCUGUCAACCAAUGAGACAAGUAUUUCCACGUACCCUCCGUGAUUGGUCCUGCCUUUCUUUAUUGACGAUAAAGACUCUGUUCACGUUCGUCUUCUUUUGCCGGUGUUGGUGACGAACCGAACAAAGUGGAGAAGGACUCGGGGUUAAACGGGGCCACAGCCACGGUGUCAGGGACCUUGAAGGACGUUCUGGAGACUCUCUGGGAGGCUUUGCGGAGAACCUUGGAGAACUCCUUGAGGAAGGUCCACAGGUCCCUCAGGAGCCUCCAGGGGCUGCUGAUGUUUCCUUCAGGACGUUUUAAAGGGAUCUCUGGUGGAGGUGGAGGAGGCUCCUGGAGACCUUCCAAACAGAACCGAGGAACAUGUGGGGAUCUGCACAAAGGGGAGUUAAUGGCCGUGAGAAACCUUUGUCGUCUCCGUGGUGACCUGCAUGAAUAAACGGCUUCCACUCUGAGAUGUUCUUAUGCACCCCCUCCUCCUUAGGGACUGUAUAAAUACAGGUCUAAAAAACAUUCAUGCUCACACACACACACACACAAUAUGGCAUAUGUAUAUAUAUAUAUAUAUAUACAAACACACAUAUUUAUGACCCGACAGUGCAUUCCUGAUAAAUCCUGAUUCCUGAUAAAUCACCAUUCUUACAAUCGAAUUAUAAAUUGUGUUUACAUAUCCAGUCCACACACACACACACACACACACACACACACACACACACACACACACACACACACACACACACACACACACACACACACACACACACACACACACACACACACACACACACACACACACACACACACACACACACACACACACAUGGAAGCUGAGUGAUUUGAUAUCUGAUAGAGCAGAUGAACAAAUAAGGGUGGAACUCUGAGAACAGUCGGCCUUUCACAUCAACAGGAAGAAAUAUGUGUGUGUGUGUUUUGUGUUUUUAAUCUGAACUUUUGACUUUCUGGCUCGUUGCCAGUCGUCAUUACUCUGCUGUUAGUCAGUGUUUAGUUGUUGUUGUCGAAGUUGUACAGUUUUAUCGUGUAUGACCUUCUGUGUGUUGAAUAAUCACAGUAGUGUUGUUCAUUGUGCAUCUCCUCUUUAUUCUCAUAAGAAAAUGUUUCUCCUGCCUGUUGACUCGUCCACAAAGACCUGAACCUCCAGGAUCAAAGUUCUAGGAUCUCUGAAAUAAAGAAAACCAGAAACAUUGUAAAACCCUAUAGAAUCCUCAAAUGAUGCCCUGAAGCCGCGCAGGAAUUUUCGCCAAAUUUACCCCAAAACUCAAGAAACAUCUUGUUGAACGUCCCGAAUAUUGUUUAGACAGUAAAGACCUGCUGAAGCUCCAAUAUCCUCCUCAGAGAGCAGAACCUCCUCAAGCCUGUCAACAUCCCAUGAUAACUGAGAGCGCCCCCAAAAUGUUCAGGAACAUCUUGUCCUUUAAGACUCCUCUCCCCAUUGGAACGUCUUCAAAGUUCCUCAUACUGCAAACUCUCACUGAAUAGUUCCUGAAAAUCUUCGUAUCGUAUCUGAAACGUCCUUCUCUCCUUCUCUGACCAACAUGAAACCUGCCUGUUGAUCCUCCCAACGAACAACUGAAGCUCUAUCCACCUUCUGGAGGAACCUUCUAAAUGUCUUCUUUGAAGUCUGGACUCCUAAUGGACUCCUAAUGGACUCCUAAUGGACUCCUUGGAGAUGUGUUAGUCCAAUAGCGCCUCCUCAGACACUCUCAGCCUCCAGAACUAUGGUGCGUGAGAUACGUAUCCUUGAAAACCUCAGGAACCCGAGGAACGUCUUCUUGUACUUCCACGACGUCCUUUCAAGACUUCCCCACUGCAACCUCCUCAAGGACUCUUCAAACGACCCGACCCCCGGAGCUGCUGAUCAGAGGAGUGAUUCAUUUGAAGGACAAACUUCACCAUGGCACUUUUAUUACCGACAUGUCCAACAGUCCCACUUCUGCCUCUGUGACUCCUGGGGAAACUUUUCCAUCAACACGAUGGAUCCUCACCCUGAUCCCCUCGUGCUCCUGAAGGCAGCAGCAGGAUGAGAGGAGCAUUUUCCUCAGUAUCCACUAAGAGGAAGUGGUGCACCGCUGAAAGCAACAGGCUGCGGCUCCGAUCUGUCAAUGUCUCAAUGUGCACGUCGGCUGUCCGCGUGCACGCAUCAUGCACGCAUCAUGCACGCCCCCCUCGCCCUCCUGUAUUUCCGUAAUGUGGCAGAGCAGCAGCGCGUGGACACAUGAUGAUCUUAUUGGUGCAGAGGAGUCCGGAGGAGCAGGCGCGCGCAGAGCGCAGCGGCCGACUCGAGUAGACACCGACCGGCUGGUGCCAAACGUGCGUUUCACUGGACUCAGACUUUCGUCCCGAGACGCGACUCGACUGGAACUUUCUCUUUCCUGAGCAGAGACAUGAGCCCGCUCAUCCCUGAGGCCGCCGGACGGACCUGCUGCCGAUGAGGAGGAGGAGGAGGGUGAAGGCGCUUCCAAGGCUCCGCGCGCUCCGCCAGCGACCCGAGCCGGUCUAAGAUGCCACCGGGCCCCGGCGCUCGGCACGCGGCUCGGAUCAAGAGUAACCCGGGAUAAUAGAACAUCAGGACCACAGACAAAAAGGAAGAAGGAAAGAAUCAAUAACACAAACAACAGAGAGCAGAAAACCAAGAGCGCGGGGAACUGUCCCGGGACGAGCCGGGAGCCAGAGCCCCGGAUCAGUGCGCCCGGAUCCGGCGCACCGACGCGUAAAGAGGCGCAGAGAGAGAAGAGGUGAAGAGAAGCGAGGUAACGACCUUUUACUGUCCACAGCGAUGCUGCUCCCGCGACUCCCGGUCCUGUCCGCGCUCCUCGUCCUGCUGCUGGCCGCGGGACGCUGCACGGCGGCGGCUCUGCUCCGAGGCUCCGGCACACGGGCGGACGGGCGUCUGGAGGGCCGCAGCCUGCUGGAGCAGGUGGGCCGGCCCCCGAGGACGAGGACGGAGACGGCGGGAAUCACCAUGCACGGACUGAAAACCCCGGAGCGAGUGAGCCGGUCGUACCAUGGCCUGGAGGCUCAUCCCAGAGAUCCUCGACACAAGGAGAAGUUCAUCAAACACCUGACAGGUCCGCUCUACUUCAACCCCAAGUGCAGAAAACAUUUCAACAGACUGUACCACAACACCAGGGACUGUACUGUACCUGCCUAUUAUAAAAGAUGCGCUCGUCUGCUGACUCAACUGGCCAACAGCCCUCGCUGCACCGAGAGAUAAACACGCACGACGGCAGCGUUGCCGUGGCAAUGAGGAGGGGCGGAGCCUCCUGAGGUUCAAUGAUCAGGGGCAGACGGUUUCCCAGCCAAUAGAAACUCCUCUGAGGUCGUCACCUGCAGUUUCCUCCUCUGUUCAGUUCUGUUCUUCAAAACUCCCCGACACUUGUCGCCCGUCAAAACACAGAACACAUCCAGAGCUCAGCAGCCACGACCCAAGACCACAAACACGUCUACUACCCGUCUACUGACGUGGAGGGGGCGGGGCUUACGACCUAUACUGCAGCCAGACACCGUGGUGGCCAUCUUCUUCUCCUCUGACCUCUGACCUCUGACCUCUGACCUGGACCCGUCUCUCCUCUGAUGUCCGGCCUCGACACAACCACACUCACCUCUGCUGUUUUCUACCGGACUCGACUCUGACUCUGCGAAACGUGGAUUUGUAUUUUUCUAACGUGAAACUCGUCUGAGUGACGAUUCUACCGUUUUCUAUCGGAGCUGCCGGAUUAUUCUGAUUAUGUUUUGUUUUUUGUUUGAUUUUUUUGGGAGCUGCUCUGAAACCGAUUAGAUUUGAAAGCUGGUUUUCAGAACAGAACAGAAGCCUGAAGGUGGGACGAGCAUCUCCCUCCUAUCGCAGGACAAGUGUUCUUGUUUUUUCCUGUUAUCAUGGACGAUGGACGCAGAGAUAAUAUUUCACUUCCUGUCGGAAGCUGUUGGAGGACGAGGGCGGACGAACCCUCCGACUGGACCACAGCUCCGAUCUGACACAGAAACAUCUGAGAUGCUGAAUGUGUUUGACGUCACCUGAUGCAUAAUAAUGAUAAUAAUGAUAAUAAUAAUAUUGCAUUGUAUUUAUACUGUUGAAGCUUCAUGCAGCUCUGUGUGCAAUAUGUACAUAUAGAGAGGAAUAAAGACACGUUUGAUAUA